GACUUUAUUGCGGAGACGUUUCGUUCUCCUUCAAUGACACUCACAGACGGUAGUUUUAUUAUACGCAAAUAAGCGCCACCAACCAGCACACACCUAAGCUUUGCUUGCAGUGAGGAGCUAGCUCAAACCUAGUGUAUGUUGGUUGCUGGCUUGUUGAUUUUCUUGCUUCUGGUGACCCGACCCGCGUUCAAUAUAAUUAUCGAACGACCGUUUAAAUUUUUUUUCUUUUCGAACGACCGUUUGAAAACUGAUAUUGUUGUUUUUUGUAAAUUGAAAUUGAUAAAACGUCAUCAUUUCGUUCGCUAACGUAUCCCACUUUCCCAACUCACUGUUUAACCAAAUAUAGUAACGUUAGCUAGCUAUCUUUACUUUAUGUGAUUUGCUCGACCACAACUUGUAAUCAACAAUAUGCCUAGAAACGACCGCAAAAAGAAAGAUGUCAAACGUGAGAGAAAAGGGAAAGUUAACAUAGAAUCAAAGGGAACAGUUACAGUAAUCAACCGAGGACAAGAGAAAGUUAAACGUAAACCGCCAGUAAAACCACCGGUCAAGUCGCCGGUGAAGCAUCAAACGAAGCCAGUAAAAAACCCAGGUGGUCGGGGCCUUGGGAAAGCAGGGGCUAGACGUUUGGGUCAGCUAUUGAAGCGUGCAAUCCAAGAGAAGAAGAAUGUUACAGGAAACGAAAAAGUGCCUUUGCCAACGACCCCAGUUCGCCUGUUCAAGUACCAGGCAGAGGCUGCAUCUGCACCCAAAACCAACGAUGCAAGGCGUGUGGCUACCCGGGUCUCCCAGCUCAUCCUUCGGGUAGUCUCCCAGUGCAAGCACCGGGGUGGCAUCUCCAUGGUGGACCUCAAGCAUGCCCUGGCUGCUGGUGGCUAUGAUGUCACCAAGAACAAUACCCGUGUGAACUUAGCUGUGAAAGGCCUGGUGAGGAAGGAGACACUGGUGCAGACUACUGGAGUUGGUGCAUCUGGGUCAUUUAAACUCAACAAGAAACUGACGUAUGAGAAGAGAGUUAAGACAAGAGCCAUGAGAGACCUUGAAGCAGCUGAGAGGGCCAAGCAGAGAGACCGUGCAACAGUUGAGAGAGCCAAGCAGAGAGACCGUGCAACAGUCGAGAGAGCCAAGCAGAAAAAAGGAAUUUUGAAGCCAGCAGCAGAGAAAGGAAAGGCCUUGAAACCAGGAGCAAAAACAACUAAACCAGCAGGAAAAGCUCUGAAACCAGGAGCAAAAACAACUAAACCAGCAGGAAAAGCUCUGAAACCAGGAGCAAAAACAACUAAACCAGCAGGAAAAACAGCUCAACCAGCAGACAAGAACAAAACAGUUGUUGGAAAAGGUCAAAGGGAAAUAGGAGAUAGACCAAAACAAGUCGGCAAAAGCCACAAACCAGCAGGACAAGCAUCAAAAUCACCAGCCAAGGUCCAAAAAACAGGCUACAAAGCCCCUAAACCUGCAGGAAAGUCCUUGAAAGUAGCCAAUAAGAAAACUCGUAAAAUGGUUGUAACCCGCAAUACAAAGCCACGGAUAUAGUGACCUGGGGUUGCUAAAAGACGUGCUUCCUUGUGGAAAUGGACUGAGUAUGGACUAAAAGAAUAUGUCCAUAGUAGAUUUGUCAAAUUACCUUAACCUUACGUAUGACUGUUAUAUGUUGUCAAUGUAAUAAAAACCAAUACAAUGUUA